AUGUUAUUGCAAAACAAUGCACCAGGAACUACGUGUCCAGCAAUGCAUCCAACAUUUCUACAGCAAUCAACAUUGCCUCCACAAUAUUUAACCAAUGCGUAUCCACAUCAACAACAACAACAGCCAAAUUCUCUAUAUCCACCGCGUCCGCCGAUUUUCAAUGGACCAUCCCCUAUUUCUCCAACAGCUCUACAUUGGUUGCAAGUAAAUGGAGCAAGAAUAAUGUCAGAUAAUCGUCUAUUAACAACACCAGCAACUAUCACCUCAUCCUCAACAUCGUCGAUAAUUCAACAACAACAAGAGCAAAAGCCAACACUUCAGUUCGAUGAAAAUGCGUCCAAUGUGAAUAUCAAUAAUAAUUAUAUGAAAAGAGAACAAAUAUUUGUAAGUAAUUCAUUUUAG